CCGAUCGAAAGUAAAGUCGGCGGAUAACCCUCUUCGUUUUUUACUUGCAAAACGGUGAAGAACUCGUUCGAUGGGAGCUAAAUUGAGUUCGAGCAAUCACCAACCGAACAGCGACGAACUUUCCGAUGCCUCUCAAACGGAGGCAAGUAAGAGACAAAGAACGUCGACUACCAACUUUAGCGACGAAAAUGAGCGGCUGUUUCCUGACCUCCCCGAUGAAAUCUCGAUCCAGAUUCUCGCCAGACUCCCGAGAAUCUAUCACCUCAACGCGAAACGCGUCUCCACGACCUGGAAAUCCGCUCUAACUAGCGAUCAACUCUUCAAAUUAAGAAAAGAACUCAACAAAACAGAGGAGUGGCUCUACGUUUUAACCAAGAAAACCGAAACUGAUAAGCUCGUUUGGUACGCCCUCGAUCCAAUAUCCGGUAUGUGGCAAAGAUUGCCUCCAAUGCCAAACAUUGCCUCCACCGAAGAUGGAAUGAGAAGAAUCUGGAGUAGUAUCGCUCGUUCGACCGUUAUUACGGGUGCUGCUGUAAGAAACUGGCUCUGUAAGAAGAAGAAGCCGCUCGAACAAAUCCCGUUUUGCGGAUGCUCGAUCGGAGCAAUCGGCAGCUCUCUGUACGUCAUUGGCGGGUUCUCGUGGGCCCGGGCGACGAGCACCGUUUUUCGGUACGAUCCGAUUUUAAACGCCUGGUCUGAAGCAACUCCCAUGGCUAACUCCAGAGCAUAUUCCAAGACAGCUGUCCUAGACGACAAACUCUACGUUGUUGGAGGCGUCACGCGGGCGAACGGAGGACUUACACCUCUUCAAUCGGCCGAGGCUUUCGAUCCUCUUACGGGGAAAUGGUCGGAAUUACCGAACAUGCCCUUCUCGAAAGGUCGGGUUUUGCCUACGGCUUUUCUUGCCGAAAUGCUCAAGCCAAUUGCUACUGGAAUGGUUUCGUACAGAGGGAAGAUUUACGUGCCGCAGAGCUUGUACUGCUGGCCGUUUUACGUCGAUGUUGGGGGGGAGGUGUACGACCCCGAAACGAAUUCUUGGGCGGAGAUGCCAGCUGGCAUGGGCGAGGGGUGGCCCGCGAGGCAGGCGGGGAAUAAGAUGAGUGUGGUUGUUGACGGUGAUUUGUACGCGUUGGAUCCUUCUUCGAGCUCUCCCGACAGCGGUCGGAUCAAGAUGUACGACUGUGGAAACGAUUCUUGGAAAGUGGUAAAAGAAGAUGUGCCGAUUGGUGAUGUGGCGGAUCCGGAGUGUAAGUAUUUGCUCGCGGGUUUUCUUGGAAAUUUGCAUGUGGUUGCGAAAGAUGUGGAUAGUAAGAAGAUAUCUGUUAUGAGGGCAAAUAAGGAAAGUGGAUGUGAUUCUUCGAUUCCGACUCAAUCAUUGGCUGAUUUGGGUGAAUCUUUGAAGGAAUAUUUUGGGAAUAUUCCGGUUUCUUCUUCGGAGAGUGUUUGGCAAGUUGUUGGGUCGAGGAGCGGUGGAUCUGUAGAGCUGCUUAGCUGUCAGAGCCUUGAAAUCUAGCUACCGAGGGAUUUUUAUUACUCGGGACUCGUUUUAAAUUCGAGUGCCUUAGCGUAUAACUAAACACCCUUUUGUCUAUAUAUAGUAAGUAACGAGGUGAUUGCUGAAUUUACGGAGACCGAGUAUAUUCCGUUUAUGAGUGUGGUGCUAUGGAUGUGUUUGUUGAUCAAGGUUUAGUUGGUGCAUUCGUUUUUCUUG